UCGUCGCCUGCAAGCAAAAUAACAAGUCAGCCCGUUUCGGCCGCCAGUGCUCGCUCGCUCUCUGUGCUACGUGAACGUGCCCUUAGUGAUAUUACGCGGGAAACUUCGAAAAACUCUCAAUCAUGUCUAGGAGAACCGAAAAACGUUUCUUGACAGAAAACGAUGAGUACGUAUGCCCCCUCUCUCCUGACACUCAGAAGAUAGCUGAGGAUGAGCUUCGAGAGACGGAGAACGCCCGGUCACAGGCACUUGCAGCAAUCAGGAGCUGGAUGGAGCAAAACCCCAAGUUCAUGGCUAUAAGAAUGGAUGCCAGUUUCUUUCUACGUUUCCUCCGCGCCAAGAAGUUUAGCGUACCAAUGGCACAGGAAGCCAUCGAGAGGUACAUUCUACUUCGUCAGUCGUGGGGCAUCGCCUUCAACCAGCUGGACUACAAGCUUCCCGUUAUGAUGGAACUGAUUGAGCUGGGAUACAUAUUUGUGAGUCCGUUCAAGGACAGGCUCGGUCGCCGCGUGGUCAUUUACAGGCCUGGUGUGUUCGAUCCCUACAAGUACACUAACCAGGACAUGUGCCGGGUCAUGGGCAUCUGCUACGAGACGCUGUUGGAAGACGAGGAGAACCAAGUCCGAGGAGUAGUCCACUACGCUGACGGUAGCGGCGUCAGCUUCCCCCACCUCACUCUGUUCACGCCUAAAGAAGCCGUCAGAAUCGUCAAGAAUGGAGAGCGCACGCUACCCAUGAGACACAAGGAGAUCUACGGUGUCAAUGUUCACCCUACGGUCAAGUUUGCUUUGGACUUUGGCAUGGCACUCAUUUCUGAGAAGAUCAAGAAGAGAGUGAAGCUCUACAGCGCUGUGGAAGACGUAGAAAUUGACAAGAGGUUACUGCCCAAGGAGUAUGGAGGCACCAUGCCUAUGAAGGAAAUGAUAACUCUGUGGAAAGACGAGCUCGCUGCCAGACGAGACAUUCUUCUUCUGAACGACAAGAUGGCGGUUCGUCUCGAGAUGUACAGCGAAGCGGCGCGAGAGGGCGCUGUCUCUGCACUCAAAACUGGCGCCAUGACGUGCUCAGGCGCUGACACAGUCGGCGACGCCAUGAGAGGACUCACUGGCAACUUCAGAAAACUUGAAGUCGAUUGAUAUUGUCAGACUUUAGACUGAUUUCUUUUAGUUGUAUACAUUUUAGCUCCUAGAUGUGAUACUGGCCUCAAUAAUUGAGUGUCAGCUUAAGGUGUACUUAUAAAUCUUAACUGUAUGUAGAAUUGUAGGGAGUUUGAAACAAGAAAUAAGAGCAGAUAUCGGAAUCUAAACAGCAAGUGAUUGAGAUGAGGUUAUGAUACAAAUCUACAAAUUGAUUGAAUGUUUUAAAUCAUAUAAGACGCGAGCUUUACAUUUAGAGCCUUGUAGUAAAGUCUGACAAUAACAUAAGUGUAGUGUAGUUGACUAUUGUACAAUGUAUAUUCUUCUAGAAUAUAUGUUUAGCUUUAAGACCUUUUGUACAAAUGUAUUAUGAAAUGGGAUGGAAAACAUAACUUUCAUGAUUAAUUUCUGGUUACAAUAAAUACUUUCAUUA